AUGAGCCGGCCUCACCGUGGGGCUGCGGGCAGCCGGGGCCUGGGCACCAUGGAGGUGAAGAGUAAGUUUGGAGCAGAAUUUCGACGAUUUUCUCUGGAGAGAUCCAAACCUGGAAAGUUUGAGGAGUUCUAUGGAUUACUGCAACAUGUGCACAAGAUACCAAAUGUUGAUGUUCUAGUGGGAUAUACAGAUAUUCAUGGAGACCUGCUGCCUAUCAAUAAUGAUGACAACUAUCAUAAAGCAGUUUCCACAGCCAAUCCUCUACUCAGGAUUUUCAUUCAGAGAAAAGAAGAUGCAGACUACAGUGCCUUCGGUACGGAUACUAUGACAAGGAAGAAAAACGUCUUAUCAAAUGUGUUACGUCCAGAUAAUCACAAGAAGAAACCACACAUUGUCAUUAGCAUGCCACAAGACUUCAGACCAGUGUCUUCUAUUAUAGAUGUAGACAUUCUUCCAGAAACCCAUCGCAGGGUACGACUCUACAAGUAUGGAACUGACAAACCCCUUGGAUUCUAUAUACGAGAUGGUUCUAGCGUCAGAGUAACGCCACAUGGAUUAGAGAAAGUUCCAGGGAUUUUCAUAUCUAGGCUUGUCCCUGGAGGCCUGGCUCAAAGCACAGGCUUACUGGCUGUCAAUGAUGAAGUACUGGAGGUGAAUGGAAUAGAGGUUUCAGGAAAAAGCCUUGAUCAGGUUACAGACAUGAUGAUUGCAAACAGCCGUAACCUGAUCAUUACAGUAAGACCAGCAAACCAGAGAAAUAAUGUCGUGAGGAACAGUCGGACUUCUGGCAGCUCUGGUCAGUCUACUGAAUCUAGCCUUCCAAGUAGCACGCCAAAUAUUUUAGCAAACUUAUUGCAUGGAGAAGAGGAGAGUGAUGAAGAGGACAUUAUUAUUGAAGAUAGUGGCGAGCCACAGCAGAUUCCAAAAGCUGCAGCUACCACUGAAAGCCUAGAAUCAUUGACACAAAUUGAACUCCUUCAUGAGUCAACACAAAAUGGAUUCCUUCCUUCCAGUGAGAUGAACUUGAAUCAUUCAGUGGGCAGCAUUAGUAUGGAAUUUGAAGUACAAGAUCCAGAGCAUAAACCAUUAGAAGAAGAUGGAACUAUAAUAACACUAUGA